CCACCACCACCAGUCUUGCUGCUGCAGAUUACCCCGCCUGACACUACCACAACCACAACCACCAAACAACAACGUCACCAAUCUCCAGUUCGUGCGCCCCCUCAGCACCUCCGCGCCCAAAAUGUCGACCAUGAAGGCCACCGGCGGCCACUCGCAGGCCUGCUGCAACAUUCCGCCCGUCGUAUCGUCCGGGUACCAGCACAAGGGCGCAUACGAGACCAUUGACGGCAAGAAGACAUACGUGACGGGUCCCGCGAAGGAGGCAUCCAAGGGCAUCCUGGUCAUCAUGGACAUCUUUGGCUUCUUCGACCAGACUGUCCAGGGAUGCGACAUCUUGGCCACCGCUGAUGACCACAACAAAUACGCCGUGUUUAUGCCCGACGCCUUCGACGGCAAGCCCCUCCCCAUCGACCUCUUCCCGCCCGACAACGAGGAGAAGCAGAAGAAGGUCGGCGAGUUCUUUGGCCAGAACAGCCCCCCGAGCUUCGUGCCCAAGGUCCACAGCGUGCUGAAGGACGCCCAAACGAAAUACCCCAACAUCAAGGAGUGGGGUGUCGUCGGUUUCUGCUGGGGCUCCAAGGUUAUCUCCUUGACCGUCAGCCAGUCUGACAACCCCUUCAAGAUCGGUGCAGAGUGCCAUCCAGCGAUGGUCGAUGCCGAAGAUGCGAAGAAGAUCAAGAUUCCCCUGACCAUGCUCGCAUCCAAGGACGAACCCGCCGAGGACGUCAAGAAGUUCGAGGAGGCCCUCACCGGCCCGAAGCACGUCGAGAUCUUCCAGGACCAGAUCCACGGCUGGAUGGCCGCGCGUUCGGACCUCAAGGACAAGCGGGUCGAGGAGGAGUACAUCCGCGGAUACAAGACUGUCCUCACGUUCUUUGCAAACAACUGGGCGUAAUGUGAUGAUGGCUGCCUUUAGUGGGGGGCCGAUCAAAAUAUUUGUGUUAUAACACAGAGAGGGGAAUCGAGAACAAUCGGGAGCGAAAAAGAUGAAGAAUAAUUAUUACCAGAUGAACCGAAAAUGGCUUAGUCACAACAUAAUACAGUUGAGUAUCACCUCGUCAACUCGAGAGCUGGUGUCUAAAUAAGAGCAUCUGCUACGUAU